AUGUUUGGUGCAGGGCCGGGAGUCUCCCGGGAAAGAGCGGACAGGUAGGUCCUUCAUUCCUUCUGGGUGUUUUGUCCCGCUUUUGAUAUUUUUCUUGGGCUUUUUGUUUCCAAUAUUACUUUAUUCUCUACUGACUGCAUCUACCCGACUCCGAGAUCUCUAGACCAUCACUAUCCCGAGACCGCUUAAAAAUCCCACAGGAGCAAAACCGGGAGCCCGUUUCCGCUUUGUUUCAGUUAGUUUCGACAGACGCCGCCGGGACUGUCGAGCCACUUCCUACAGAUCUUGGGCCACUUCCGCUUUAUCGACUCGACGAUGGUUUCUACUCUGUUCUCGACCCUUCCCUUAAUCGUGCGACUCCAUGCGCGAACCAAUCUCCCCACCAUAUUGCCAAUGGCACAUUUGAGAACAACACCAUUCUCUCAGCCACCUUAACACCGGCCAGAAUUAUUAUUUUUUGUGGGGCAAUUAGAUGUCCGGGAGCUAGGUUAGCACCCGUUACAUUGCUAAUUUAUCUCCACAUUAGCUCAUUCAAGGGAAUCAAAACAGCGGCCCACACAGUUGCUUAGAUCGCUCAUUCAUUUGCAACGCUCGAAAUUGCCACUGGACAAAUCCAUUUAAGACUAAGCAGGGGUUCAAUAGACACUACGAGGCCGUUCAUCUCGCUGAGAGAGUUGAUUGUCCCAUACCCGGAUGCGAGAAUGUUGGCGAAAGGGGAAUCAAAAGAUACGAUAACCUGGCUGCUCAUUUAAGAACCAAGCAUGGCAUAUGAGCGGCUGGUAGAUCGCAUGGGAAUUAGAUGGGUGACAAGCGGGCUGACCAAAUACAACCUUUUGCUCCAAUGAGGCGGCAAUCCUGCUACGCCUAAAGAGUGUUGGGGGUCAUUAGAAGGAGAGAAAUGUGAGCGGGGAGUUGGGGUUCUUAGUGCUUGUUGAGUGAUGGGAUGUUGUUGAUUAUUGGGGAAGGAGGGGGGAGAAAGAAGAGAAUGACAUCCAAGCAAUGUCGUGUGGGGCGACAAGUCAUCGCUCGUGAUGAUACAUAGUUGCUUAGUAAGCAAUUUAGAUGCAAACGGGAAGCGCUGUCUACGGGGACAUGUGAACCUUUAUCACAUCUUCCUUCUAAUAUUGGGGGAUCGGCUAGGAGGUGUUUGGCAGACGCGAUUGCGGCUACAGACCGUAAUUUCUCAAAUUUAAAUCACAUGUCCAAACCU